UUUGUUGUUGUCAUUCAGUCGGACGUCGUCCAUCAGAGCGUGUUUGAGCUGAUCCACGCAGACGACCGCGCGCUCUUCAGACGCCAGCUUCACUUCUCCUUCAACCCCGAUGCAGACAGCUCCGAGAGUCCCAGUGAGCAGAACAGCGCUGACAUCAGCACCAACGUGGUGGCCUACGACCUCCAGACCAUCCCUCCUGAGAACUCGUCCUUCCUGGAGAGAAACUUCUGCUGUCGUUUCCGCUGCCUGCUGGACAACUCGUCUGGUUUCCUAGCUCUGAACUUCCGUGGCCGGCUGAAGUUACUCCAUGGGCAGAACCGGGUAUCGGAGAACGGGUCGCUGGUUCCUCCUCAGCUGGCUCUGUUCGCCAUCGCCACGCCGCUGCAGCAGCCGUCCAUCCUGGAGAUCCGCACUAAGACCCUCAUCUUCCAGACCAAACACAAGCUGGACUUCACGCCCAUCGGUAUCGAUGGCAGAGGGAAGAUCGUUCUGGGCUACAACGAGGUGGAGAUCUCCAUGAAGGGUUCAGGCUACAGCUUCAUUCACGCCGCCGACAUGAUGUACUGCGCCGACAAACAUCUACGAAUGAUUAGAACCGGAGAAACCGGCUUCACCUUCUUCAGACUGCUGACCAAAGAUCGGCGCUGGGUCUGGGUCCAGUCCAACGCCCGGCUGGUCUAUAAGGACGGGCGGCCAGAGUUCAUCGUGGCGCGGCAGCGAGCGUUGACGAACGAGGAGGGGGAGGAGCAGCUGCGCCUGCGCCAGCUGCAGCUGCCCUUCAACUUCGCCACUGGCGAGGCGCAGCUGUACGACCUGCCGCUGAGCCUGGAAGUCCCGGACCUCUGCUCCGCGCCCAAGCUCCGGAAGAUGGAGGGAGAACCCAGCAACUCCAACUCCCUGCUGGGCUGCCUGCUGAGCCAGGACCGCGCUGCCUACUGCAAGCACGAGAGCCCCAACGGCAUCAGCUCGCUGAGCGACGUGGCGUUCCAGGACACCCACGCCACAGUCAGCGUCCCCCGAGAGCUGCAGGCGGAGCCGGCGCCCAGCGUGCCGCUGCUCCGCAUGGACCCCACCAUCCAGGACAUGGUGGAGACGCUGGAGUCGCUGUUCGGCGACGCAGACCUGAUCGAGGCGGUGGACGUCGGGCCGGAGGAGCUGCAGAGCUGGGAGAACUCGCUGAUCAACUUCACCACCGGCAACCAGGUGUUCAAGGACGACCUGAACGACAUCCUGAGCAGCGACAUCCUGACCUACGUGGCAGAGCAGCUGCAGAGCGAGGGCGGCCUGGCCUUCCCCGAACCGCUGGACAAGAUCCAGAACCACAACCCAGAGCCGGCCGGGCAGCAGGACUUCAGCUGGCCCGUCCAGAUCCAGAACCAGAUCCAGAACCAGAUCCAGAACCAGAUCCAGCCGCCGCCUCUCUCUGGGUCGGCCAAGCUCAGCCACCUGGACUUCCCUCCCAUGGCCUCUGCUGGGCUCAACGGCCUGCAGGUUCCGGUUCCGUCUUCACUUCAGCUGGGCAGCUCCACAAACAUGACCUUUAACCCUUCGUGUCGUCAGCACCAAGUUUUUAAAAGCAGCCCUACAGACUUAACGGACCCGGACCAGAACGCGGGUGGAACCGUCAACCCGGUGUUUAUCUUUAAAGGCUCCCAGUGGGGCGAGUCCAGCCCAGCCCAGAACUUUGUAGAACCAUAUGCCCCGAAUAUUUCAAGUGGCGCUGGCGCCCAGCCGCCGCUGUCCGGGUUCCAGCCCAACCCCACCAUUCAGAACGCCUUCAAAACCCCCGAGCCCACCCCGCUCCCCGACCAGCUGGACUGCAUGUUCAGAACCACCGCCACCGCCACGCUACUUCCCAACGGCGUCAAUCACGGCCAGGCCAGAACCGACCCGGACUCCUUCCACUUGCAGGCCAAAGCCGCCUGCUACUACCAGGCGCUGCCUGCAGGCGGCGCUGUGGCGGCAGCACUGCCAUCGCAUAAAGAGGCGGCGUUGACCUACCAGGUCAAGUCCAACGGCCGGACGAUGCGGCAACACUUUCUACACUUCAGUGAAAACACACAGAUGGACAACCGUCCCAUCGUUGGGAACGGAGGAUUCCCCUUCACCUCGCUGCCCAACAGGAAAACCUGCCUGACAGAGAACAAAUAGGACCGCCGGGACACCUGGACUCCAACUUGGACUGAAACUCGGACUCAUCCGUGGAAAACCGUAAAGACUGGAGCGACUAACGAGGGUUAGACUGAAGAACGGGCGAAGGACAAGUUCAGGUUUGGUGGUGUUGGCUCAAGAAGACAAUCGGGACGAUUUAUCACAGCUGGAGAAAUAUUUCCUCUUUUAUUAAAUAAUUUUUAUGAUCAGCAUAUAUUUUAUUGUAAUACUUCCUCAUAUAGGUAUCAAGAGUCUUCAAAUUAACCCAUAAAAAUGGAAGAGAAAUAUUUUGAGUCAUUUUUCCUUCAGAUUUAACGGUGAGAAGCAACAAAACGACGUGUGGAGCGUUCAUAAAGCAUUAAAAACAUUCAUUUAAAACACUUUUUAUCGCUGGUGAUGCACACAGGCAGUUUGAGGUGGUUGGAAGUGAAUUUAAGUAUAACAGGACAGAAUGCGAGCUGUUUGGUUCACCACAAGGGGGCAGCAGUUACAAACCUGAGUGACUCCUAAUCCAAGUCGACGCCUAGAGGCCAAAGGUGGUACUGCACUCCACAGCUCCACACUCAUUUGUUUCCCAUUUUAGCUCCAUUUAAAAAAAAAAAAAAAGAAAA